AUGCCAGUAUUUCAGAUGGUUCAGGGUAUGGUAUUUGCCACUGAGGAAGUAAACAGAAGUCCGAAGUUACUACCAAACAUGACAUUAGGCUUUGGAAUUUAUGAUUCAUGUGAUACAGUGACUAGAGCAUUGGAGGGUACCCUGUGGCUCCUUUCAGGCCAGAUGGGCCCUGUCCCUAAUUUCAGCUGCCAUCGCAAAUCCCCUGUGGUGACAGUAAUUGGGGAUGCGAGGUCACAGGUUUCUAUACCCAUGGCGAGAAUGUUGGGGCUCUACAGGUAUCCACAGAUUAGUUAUGCAUCUGGUGCUCUCAGUCUGAAUGACAAGUACAUAUUUCCAUCUUUCCUGCGUACUGUGCCAAGCAGUUACCUGAAGUACAGUGCAUUUGCUCGAAUGCUGACAUUUUUUGGAUGGUCAUGGGUUGGUAUAUUAGCAGAAGAUGAUGACUAUGGUCAGCAGGUUAGCCAGGUGCUCAAGGAACAGUUUGUGGAGAUCGGCAUUUGCAUCGAUUUCUUUGAAAUGCUACCUGUUGUUAACAUGGAGUUGAAAAUAAACUACUUAAUUGAGGUAAUUACAAAAUCAUCAGCAAGAGCUAUUGUUAUAACUUCUUCUGAUAGCCGGUUAUACCCCCUGAUGCAAGAAAUUGUGCAGAGAAACAUAACUGGCAAAGUCUGGUUAGGAAGUGACGAAUGGCCGAACUCACUGUUAUUUUCCAAGCAGAAGUUCUUCCCCACAUUACUGGGGGCUUUGUGGUUUUCUGUCCAUGGUUCUACAUUGCCUGGCUUUAAGGAAUUCCUUUACAAUAUUCACCCCUUCAAAAAUCUGAAUGACCCUUUUACAAAAACUUUUUGGGAAUCUGCUUUUGACUGUAAAUGGACUGAGGCCAAAGUUUCAUCGGCAAAUGUUUCAGGAGAUGGGGAUAGUGUUCUCUGUACAGGAACUGAAAGUCUGAGAACACUUGACAUUCCUUUCUUUGAUGUUACACACCUUGGCUAUACUUAUAAUGUUUAUAUUGCCAUUUCAGCCGUGGCACAUGCUUUGCAUGAAAUGAAUGCAUGUGGACCAGGAAGGAAGCCCUUUGCAAACAGCUCAUGUGCAGACCAUCAGGAGUUUCACCCGUGGCAGCUAUUCCAUUACUUGAAGUAUGUGAAUUUCUUUGAUGCCGUGGGGGAAGAGAUCUUCUUUGAUGAGGCUGGGAACCCCCCAGAUGUCUACGAUGUUGUGAACUGGCAAGUGAUCCCCACAAAUACCUUAAAGUAUGCCUUUGUAGGUAGUUUUGACUCCCGAUUGCCUCGUGGUCAGGAUCUUGUUAUUAACAUAAGUGCCAUCACAUGGAAUGGAGGCAAAGCACAGGUGCCAACAUCUCACUGCAGUGACAGCUGUCUCCCAGGAUUCCGAAAAGCGAGCCAACAAGGAAGGCCUAUCUGCUGCUUCCUCUGCAUUCCCUGCUCUGAAGGAGAAAUCUCAAACCAAACAGAUUCUACUGACUGCUUGCAGUGCUUGUCAGAUUUCUGGCCAAAUGAGCAACGAGACACAUGCAUCAAGAAAACUGUGGAGUUCCUGUCGUUUGAAGAUCCACUGGGGAUGGCUUUAGCCUUCAUCACUACUUUCUGUGCUCUGCUGCCCACCUCCAUUUUAACAAUCUUCCUUAAAUAUCGUGACACUCCUGUGGUCAAAGCCAACAACCGUGACAUCAGCUACCUCCUCCUUCUAGCACUCAUCCUCUGCUUCCUCUGUUCGUUGAUUUUCAUUGGACAGCCAACCACUGUUACUUGCAUGCUCCGUCAAGUUGCUUUUGGAAUUAUUUUUGUACUUUGUAUUUCCUGCGUACUGGCAAAAACUGUGAUGGUAGUACUUGCAUUCAAAGUUACAAAUCCCAAUAGUAACUUAAAAAAUUGGGUUGGAUCAAGACUACCUAACAGCAUUGUGGUUAUUUCUACAGUCAUCCAAGGUUUUGUGUGUAUCACUUGGCUUAUAAGUUCCCCUCCAUUUGCUGAAAGAAACAUGAAAUCCCAAAUGGGGAAAAUAAUAAUUCAGUGCAAUGAAGGUUCACCUGUUGCUUUCUGGUGCAUGCUGGGAUACAUGGGCCUUCUGUCCAGUGUAAGUUUCAUUGUAGCAUUUCUGUCCAGAAAUUUGCCUGACAGCUUCAAUGAGGCUAAAUUUAUUACUUUCAGUAUGAUUGUGUUUGUUAGUGUCUGGUUCUCCUUUAUCCCUGCGUAUCUCAGCACACAAGGAAAGUUUAUGGUUGCUGUAGAGAUAUUUGCCAUUUUUUCCUCCAGUGCUGGCCUGCUGGCUUGCAUUUUCUUUCCAAAAUGUUACAUCAUUCUGCUAAAACCACAUCAAAACACAAAGGAAUACUUAAUGGGGAAAGGGAAAGCAGGUGAAGGGAACAGGAAAUGAUUAGGCCAGGAAAAGUAGAAAUGAAUAAAUACAAAUAAAAGUCAAAUGUCAUACAAGCUGAAAUCUAAUGAAGCCCAUAAUCCCAUGAUUGGACUUACUGUGGGUUACACAUUGGAUGACUUGAAGUCAUGUGGCAUAAUGGCUAAAAUAAAAAAAGACGUGAUCUAGGUAACUCCUACAGUAACCCCAUAUUUGAGAAAUGUUAUUUAAAAAAGAAAUUGAAGAUCUUUUUAUCAUGUCAGCUAACCUGGCUAUCUUUGUGAGGACAAAAGUGAAUCCUUUUUAUACACUGUAAAGAUCUAGAGGCAUUACUUCUUUUUCGAGUAAGUUCUCUGAUUCUUUGAUUGGUGUUCCUUUUGUUAGAAUUCUGUCGUUACUCUCAAGAGAAAAAGAGAAUGCAGAGGAUCUGACUUGGGGGCAAGUAGCCAGGAUGGAAUGAAAGAAAGUAGAGCAAAGAUGGAACAACAACAGGCCUGUUUUUAGGAGCAGCCAAGGGAAAACUGGCAAAACUGGUUAAACCCAGCUGUUACAAUCCCUUACUUCAUCCAGCCAUAAUAGCAUUUGAAAGAAUGUGUGAAAAGUAAAUUAAAAUUAACGAAAGAUAUACCUACAAAACACAUCUUCAGCUCGAAUUCAGAAGAAAGGAAAAUGUUGACUUCUCUUUAAGGAUACCACAAUAAGAAUAAAAAAAGCAGAUGGGAGAGGGGGUGGGGGUGGGAAUGGGAUAUUGAUAACUAUGGUCACACACCAAUGCAAUGAAAAGCUGAUUGGUUUAUUAAUGAUCAAUAAUUCUAUAAACAAGAUACUACAAAAAUGGUAGAUGCAUGUUUGAAUCAAACUAUUUUAAAAGGAGGCAGAUGAUGUGUUUCAUUUAUUUUAUAUGUAUUCCAAAAAUGUGUUUAUUAAAGUCCAUUUUAGUAUUUUUAUCUAAUAAUGUACCCAUUCUGGUGAAGAAAGUAUUUUCUGUGUGUUUUUGUUGACACUUUUAGGAAUGUUUGUCAUCUUUUUAAGUCUGACUUCAUAUAAUCACUUGGUUAUGAUCAGAGACCUCUAUAUUAUUGCUAUUCUAUGCACACUGUCUAUUUUACUUGUAAUGCUUUGUAGUGAUAAGUUACUUCAGUGAGCUUGGUGAAAGCAUUGAUUUUAUUUGUUUUUUAACUCCUUUGAUAUUCAUUAUAUUCCGCUCCUGCUUUCCUGGUGGCAGAGGGGUAUUAAGCCUCUUGUGUGACUUUCUGCCCUCAUCCUUUACUGCCCUGCAUUUAACAUAAUGGAAGGUAGUAUUUCCCCUUAAGGUUAAGGGGGUUAUUAGUGUUUGUGAUUUAAUAGUUGUUAGGAGCAGCCAGAAUUUAGUUCUAGUGAAUUUUACAUAUAUGAUCGAUUUAUGGUUGUCAAUUCACUCCUAUAUCGCCAGUACUACUGUAGAGGAAAACUUUACUGAUCAAGCUAGUCAAAUUUAAUCUACGUUGAAAGUUAUUUAUUGGGCUAUUAAGAGAAUAUAUACUCCCACUGAAAUGGAAAUUAAUUUUUCAAAACUCAUCCAGAUGAACGUUUCAUAGUAUUUUUACAAGAGACUCUACUUUCAUUAAUCUUUUGACAUUGUGGAGGGACACACUACUAGACUGUUUGCUCUAUCAGUAAAGAGGGGAGUUAUAACUCUUGUAAGGUGAAUCUGAGAAGCCUUAACUUUUUUAAUACCGUAGUGUUGGAAACAUUUAAAACCUUACUGAUUUUUCAGGUGUUUGAAUAAAAGGGAGGAGAAGGUAUCUUAUUAUUGCUGGGGGAUUUAAAUUUCCAUGUUGAAUAAAAAAAUCAAUGUGCACAUCAACUUUAGCUUGUCACAGACCAAGAGCUGUAAAAGGUAUUCUUUUUAGUAGAGCAUUUGAGUCAGAAAAAUCUUAAUGUGUGUGAGAUUACACUUACCUGACGUCUGAUUCUGAUAUACAAAGAAGAAGAGACGUUUUUUCUUUUGAGAUCAAGCAUAUUAAAUAUAAUUAGUAGGGUGGCUAUACCUUUGGCGGUCUACUCUGAUCAUUUUAUGUUCUUCCAAGAAAUGACUGGAAUUGCUUGGCCACAUAAGAAGGAAAGGAUGGUGGUUAGACAUCAUUAUACUAAAGCACACAGAGGAUAAGGAAUAGCUCAGGAGCUGUGUGGUGCAAAGCUUGGUAGAUAACAAAGAUGAGGAUGUGUCCAUGAAAUCUAAAUGAUGUUAGAUCAAAUUUUGUGCUAAACAUUUAGCCAUAUAUAUUGGGACAUCUAUGGUUAGCUGGACAAAAGGCAACUUACAAGGUGGAACCUCUAACUGGAGGCAAGGAAGGCAAGUUUAAAUCUCCUAAAUCCUUCAACAUGCUAGCACUCACAGUGGCUUCAUAACAUUAGGGCACUUUAACCUUAAACUGUGAAAUCCUUCCAAAUCUGAAAUAAUAGACUUCCUUAUGAAUCAAGGUUGAACACAAUUAGUCAAAGAACCCACCAGAUCAGAUUUCUGUACUGAAAAAUCACACCCUCUUUGACCUUA